AUGUAUAACAGUCAUCAACCAGUCGAUACUUUUUUUGAUGUUUGUGCAUCACCAAGCUACAACUUAACUCCGCAACUUUGUUUUUCUGAAGAUUCACUUUAUAGUGAUGAAGAAGAUGAAGACAAAUGGUUGAUUAAAUUAGAACAAGAAAAUGGUAGCAAAAUAAAAAAUUGCGAUGAAAAAAUGAAGCAAGAGUGGCAAGAAGCACUAGAAGAGUUUCAAGAAAAAUGGAAUGAGAAGGUGAAGAAAGAAUGA